AUGGAUGUGUUUGGUGGUGCCCCACGUUUCCUGGCCUAUCCAAGACCUGUUGCAGUUCAAAGUGGGACUGACGCAGUGUUAAAGUGUCAAAUUGGUGGUGAUCCAAGGCCUGCCGUUAUUUGGGAGAGAAACAACGAAAAGAUUGAUCCCCAAGGACGAUACAGGGUCUUUGAGGACGGAAAUGUUUACAACCUCAUCAUUUCUUCUGUGACUGUAGAGGAUAGUGGCCAGUACAUAUGCAAAGCAAAAAACAGCAUUGGGGAAACGUAUGCGGCGGCCACGCUCAACGUCGAAGGAGAGGCACAAGAGAUGGAACUGAGAGAGGAAAAUAAACCCCGAUUCCUCAUCAAACCCCUCUCCACCCGUGCUGGUCGAGGGGAGGAUGCAGUCUUCUCUUGUAAGCUCUGGGGAAACCCAAAGCCUGAGGUCGUCUGGGAAAAGGAUGGCAGGAAACUUAAUGAAAUAUUUGAAAGCACACAUUUCAGUGUGGGCUACCAGGAUGGUGGAUGGUUCCAACUCAAGAUCUUUAAGACUCGUGCACCAGAUGGAGGUGUAUAUACGUGCAAAGCCAGGAAUGAGUUUGGGGAGGCGCUGGCCGGAGCUGUGCUGCUUGUAGAUGCAGGCCCAGGACACGAGGAAGAGGGAAAUCGUAACGGCUAUACAAAUGGCCACUGGAAAUCUCACCCUGGUAAAUCAAGGAGCGGAAGGCAAGUGCCGAACCGACUCAAAGACGACACCAUGACCAAGUCAACCAAAGUCAAAAUGUUUGCUGUGACAGAGGGCAAACAUGCUAAAUUUCGCUGCUUUGUGACUGGAAAACCUAAACCAGAAAUAAUUUGGAGAAAAGAUGGCAGGCUUAUAUUGUCCGGGAGGCGUUAUUUGUUAUAUGAGGACAGAGAAGGAUAUUUCACACUAAAGGUUCUAUACUGUAAGCAGAAGGACAACGGAGUGUAUGUUUGUGCUGCAUCAAACACUGCCGGGCAAACGCUCAGUGCAGUACACCUCUCUGUAAAAGAGCCACCUGUACGGUUCAAGCAGCCUCUCAUUGAUUUAGAAGUUUGGGAACGAGACUUGGCUGUUCUCGAGUGUGAGGUUCCAGAGGAUUCUGUCCCCAUCACAUGGUAUCUGGAAGACAGACGACUGCAGCCAGGGGCCAAAUAUGGAAUGGAGGAGUGGGGAACAAAGCGACGACUUACUAUCCGGGACAUCGGAGUUGACGAUGAUGGGAUUUACCUUUGUGAGAUGCCCGAUGGGGGAAGAAGUAUUGCAGAAGUAGCUGUAAAAGGAACAAUUUUGCGGAAGCUUCCAAGAAAAGUGGAUGUCUUAGAGGGUGAGAAUGCUGCUUUUUGUGCUGAAGUGGAGAAAGAAGAGAUGGAUAUUCACUGGUACAAAGAUGGUGUGGAGCUCCGUGAAACACAUCAGACCAUCCUUAAGUCCUUUGGCCGAACUCACAUCCUGGUUUUCGUCAACACAAUGCCUCAAGAUUCUGGCCUUGUAACUUUCCUCGUAGGCAGAUCCAAGACGUCCUCUCAGCUGAGGGUGAAAGCGGCCAGACAUUGUCCUCCCAGUUGUCCAGUGGGUGUACAGAUCAACACAGAGCGUGCUAAUGCUGCUCUUCUUUCAUGGGUUCCUGCCCAGGACUCACGAAAAAACCCUCCGUCUGGAUAUGUACUAGAACGACAGGAAGUGGGGACUGGCUCACAAGAGUGGCUACAAUGCCUAACCACUGAUUCUGCAACAUCUGUGGAAAUUCUUGGUGAUAGUGUACCAUGCGAAGCCGAUUAUCGAUUCCGUAUAUGCAGCGUAAAUAAAUAUGGCAAGAGCAACAAUGUUGAGUUCCCUAGAUCUGUUCACCUGGUUCCAGUGGCCAGAAUACAAGCUCCGUUACAGGAUGCCUUAGUACCAGAAGGGCAAGACGCUGUCUUCUCCAUUGAGCUUUCUGCCUCAGUAAUUGGCACAUGGUUCUUAAAUGGCACUCAACUUCAGGAGGAUGAGCGUUACUCCAUGCGUAGGUCGCGAACACACCAGUCUCUUCGCAUUCGAGGAGUACGUGAUACAGACAACGGUGCUGAGAUUACAUUUAUUGCCUAUGGCAUCCGAGAUUCUGCAGCAUUGUACAUCCAAGCUCCUCUUGUCAAGUUUUCCCCACUGUCAGAAAUGGAUCGAAACAAGUUUGUAGAAACUGGGAACCCCAUUGUACUCUACUGUGAGCUGUCAGAUCCUGCAGCUCCAGUACACUGGUACAAGAACGGAGUAGAAUUGCAUACAACAGAGGGCCUGCACAUCCAAUCAGAGGGUACCAUGAGAAGAAUUGUAAUCCAAUCAGCAGAAUUGUCACAUUCAGGGGUGUACUGCUGUGACGCUAUUGAUGAUGUCAUCAGAUUUAAUGUGGAAGUUGAGGCACCGCCAGUAACGUUUGCUGAAAUCCCAGAGGAUGACCUUUUCAAGUGUGUAGUGGAACAAGAAGAGCUUGUUCUGUCCUGUGAAGUGUCAGUGUGUGACGGCGUUGUGCAGUGGUAUAAAGAGGGAACUGAAAUACAGCCAAGCGAAAAUAUUACAAUCCAAACGGAGGGCACCAAAAGAGGUUUGACAAUCCACUCUGCUAAGCUGUCCGACGCAGGCGUGUACACAUGUCGUACAGGAGACAACAUUUUAAUAUUCAAGGUCAACAUACGAGAACCACCAGUGACGAUAAUCCACCCCAAAGAGGAUGUCCACCUUGACCGCCACGUUCCUGAGGAGAUUAUUCUGAGCUGUGAACUGUCUCGGGCCAAUGGGGUCGUCAGCUGGUACAAAGACGGCCAGAAGCUGCAGGAGAGUGAAAACAUAAAGCUCAAGGUCGAAGGGCCAUACCGACGACUGAAGAUUAUCUCCAGUGGCGUUGAAGACUCGGGAGAAUAUGUCUGUGACACUGAUGAUGAUUCGAUAUUCUUCCACCUUUGCAUCACAGAACCGCCCGUACGGAUUGUAUCUCCCAGUCAGUCCCAAAUGGAGCUCUGCCAGCAGACCUCUGAAAGGAUGGUUCUGAGCUGUGAGAUCUCACGACCCAAUGCAGUGGUGCGUUGGUAUAGAGACGGGCUGGAGGUGGAGGAGAAUGACAACCUCAUUCUGGAAGUGGACGGUGUCUACAGAAGACUUAUUAUACCUGAAACCACUGUGAGAGAUUCAGCUGAAUAUGUGUGUGACACUGCAGACGACUCCAUGACCUUCUUUGUGAACAUAGCAGAGCCCCCUGUUCGCUUUGUACGUCCACGGAAGAUGGCGAGCAAAGUGGACAAAGUGGUCGGGGACACUCUGGUUUUGGACUGUGAGGUUUCCAGGUCAAAUGCUGAGGUGACCUGGAAGAAAAAUGGAGAGGAAGUAGAAGACUCCAGAAAUGUCACCAUCCUCGAGGAUGGUGUCAUACGCCAAUUAACCAUCCACUCACUGACAUUAGAAGAUGCUGGGCAGUAUGUUUGUGAUGCGAAGGAUGAUGUCAUGGAUUUCCUUGUGAACAUUAAAGAGCUGCCUGUGAGGAUUCUGGGAAAAACUGAAGCAAAAACAGAAAAGCAGUUCUUGGUGUCAGAUGACAUUAUUCUAGUGUGUGAGUUAUCCAGACCGAACGCGUCGGUCAGCUGGUACAAGGACGAGCAGUUCAUUGACAACAGUGAGCGAUACUGCAGUGAAGAGCAAGGGGUGUUCCGAUCACUUGUGGUCCUCAACGCUGGGCUGGAAGACUCAGGACAGUACACCUGUGACGCAGUGGACGACAAGAUGGUCUUCUAUAUCACUGUCAAAGAGCCUCUAGUGAAGAUCAUUGGGAACUCUGGCCACCUGGAGCAUCAUAUGCUGCUGUCAGGAGAUGACCUUAUUUUGGAGUGUGAGGUUUCUCGAGCCAACGCCACGGUUCAGUGGUUGUGGAACGGCAACAUACUGCAGCCAAACAAUCGCAUAAAAAUUGACAGCUAUGACGUUGUGAGGAAGUUUGUUCUCGCUGGCCUCCAGCCAUCAGAUUCUGGGGAAUAUAUUUGUGAUGCUGUCGAUGACAAACUGAUAACAGUCGUUGAUGUCCAAGAUCCACCCAUCAAGUUUCUGAAUAAAGAAGAAAAUAAACCCAUCACAGCCUUUGAAAGUGAGAGUGUUACACUGACUGCUGUUACGAGCCAAGACACAGCCCAUGUCCGUUGGCUGAAAGAUGGCCAAGUAUUGAACGCAGACAACAUUCACAUCUCCAGUGAGGGUAAUACCCAUAAGCUCACCAUUAAUCUGCUGCAGCUGUCCGACUCUGGAGAAUAUGUCUGUGACGCAAACACAGAUGAGAUGUAUUUCAGUCUAUUAGUCAAAGAAAUGAAGGUGAUCUUUAUCAGACCCCUGGAGAAUACAGUGUCUGUAAAGGGCAGCAGUCUUACAUUACAAUGUGAAAUCAACAUGCCAAAAGGAGACGUCCAGUGGCUGAAAGACGGCCGUGAAAUUCCUCCAAGUCGUCGGUACACAAUACGAGCCCAAGGUCGAGACAGAAGCUUCACCAUCCACCAAGUGGAGGACGACGAUGCUGGAGAAUAUACCUGUGAAAGCACCGACCACCGAACUUCAGCUACUGUCACUGUAGAGACUCCUCGUGUUGUUGAGUUCAUAGUGGAGCUUCGUAGCAUCACAGUCCGUGAAGGAGAAGAUGCAGUGUUUAAGUGUGUGCUUUCACCUGAGGACACUCAGUUGGUGUGGCGCCUAAAUGGCAAACCGGUCACUCUGAAUGAGCGAACAGUCAUUUCAAGCAAUGGACUCUGCCACAUGCUGUGCAUCCGCAACUGUAUGGUUUCAGAUAGCGGCAGAAUGACAGCUGAUGCAGAGGGGUUGGUAUCAGAGGCAGAACUCCAUGUUCAAGAGCAACAGGUGUUGUUCACCAAGAAAAUGACUCCAGUGACAGCUGAGGAGUACAGUGAGGUGACUCUAGAGGUAGAAGUGAGUGUGGAUUCAGGAGAAGUUCAAUGGAUGAGACAAGGGGUGCUAAUCCACCCUGGAGCCAAGUAUUCCCUGAAACACCAGGGUCGAAAACACAGUGUCACCAUCCACAGCCUGGGCCUGUCCGACCGGGGCACCUACAGCUGCGAGACCCUCCAUGACCGCACGCAAGCGCCGCUCGCAGUGGAACCUCGAAAAAUCACAAUCAAGAGAGGGCUGAGCGACAUAAGAACCAUUGAGAGAGAAACGGCCUCUUUUGAGGUGGAACUGUCCCAUCCAGACGUCCCAGGCUCAUGGAUGAGAAACGGAAUCCAGCUCAAACCCACAAGUCACUUCCGUAUGAGCGCCAAAGCUAAAGUCCACAGCCUCACCAUCUCCAACCUGACAGUGGAAGACACCGGCACCUUUGUGUUCAGCGUAGAGAACCUCAAGACAUCUGCACGACUUGUAGUGAAGGAACCCCCAGUGACGAUUUUCAGAAAACUGGAAGACCAGAAAUUCCCAGACGGAGCAAUCAUCUCUAUUGAGUGUGAGCUGUCGAGACACAACGUGGACGUGAAAUGGAUGAAGAAUGGACUUGAGGUGAAGCCAAGUAAAGACCUGCGCAUUUAUGCGAUGGGGAGGAAACGGUUUCUUCAGAUCAUGAAAUGUCGCGUCAGUGAUUCGGGCGUGUACACCUGUGAUGCUGGAGAUGCUACUACGUCUUGUGCUGUGGAGGUUUAUGAGCGGGAGCUGCUGGUCCUGCAGGGCCUUGAAGACCUGGACAUCCAGGAGGACCAGAACGCAGUGUUCGUCUGUGAGAUCUCAGCGGAGGAUGUACCAGGAGAGUGGUACAAAAACGGAGACAAGAUCCAACCGACAAGUACCAUCAAGAUCCGCCACGAAGGGACCAAACACUUUCUGCUCAUGUGCAACGUGCGAGCAGAAGAUUCUGGUGAGAUAAAGUUUGUCGCCAGAAAUGUUGAAUCCUGCGCUUACUUAGAGGUGGAAGAGCUUCCUGUCAACAUCGUGAAGCCUCUGGAGGAUAAGACAGCGCUGGAGAAGAGCCGGGUGUUACUGGACUGCACCGUGUCCAACCCCAGAUGUAGCAUCCGCUGGUACAAAGGAAGCAACGUCAUCCUGCCCUCAGAGCGCUUCGAGAUCUGCAGCGAAGGCUGUUAUCGCAAACUGAUCAUCCAGCAGGUGGCGCUGGAUGAUGAGGGCACGUACAGUGUGCAGGUCGGAGACUAUACAUGCUCUGCAAAACUGACCGUGGAGGAGCGCCCUCUACUGGUGUGGUCCAGUUACUACAAAGGUGUGGACCAUUUGAUGAGUUUGCCCAUGCAGAGCCAGGCACUGCUCAUGGUCCGUGAGCUGAGGGACGUGGAGGUGGUGGCUCCGGAUGAGGCCUGUUUUGAAUGUGAGGUGUCGGUCCCCGUCCUGAAGACCCCCGUGUGGAGCCUGAAGGGGAGCCCCUGCAGCCCCAGCGCCAGGGUCCUCCUGGAGAAGAUGGGCAGCGUCCACAGGCUGACGUUUAGACAGACCUCCACAGACCUGAGCGGAGCCGUGGAGUUCACAUCAGGGAAGGCAAGAGCCGAGCCCAGCUCCGAGUCAUCGGUGAGACCUUAG